CCCCGCCGGCGCCCCCCGCGGGAAGGGGCCAUGGGCUCGCGGGCGCCCGCGCCGCGGGGCGCGGCGGGCAGCGGCCACUGACGCGGGGCGCCGGCUGCCAACUUCGCGCGCGCCGAGCGGCCCGGCGGCAUGAAGACCAGCCGCCGCGGCCGAGCGCUCCUGGCCGUGGCCCUGAACCUGCUGGCGCUGCUCUUCGCCACCACCGCCUUCCUCACCACGCACUGGUGCCAGGGCACGCAGCGGGUGCCCAAGCCGGGCUGCGGCCAGGGCGGCCCCGCCGGCUGCCCCAACUCGGGCGCCAACGCCACGGCCAACGGCACGGCCGCCCCCGCCGCCGCCGCCGCCGCCGCCCCGCUCUACAGCUGGGAGACGGGCGACGACCGCUUCCAGCUGCGCCGCUUCCACACCGGCAUCUGGUACUCGUGCGAGGAGCAGCUCGGCGGCCCGGGUGAGACAUGCCGCAGCUUCAUUGACCUGGCCCCCGCGUCGGAGAAAGGGGUCCUGUGGCUGUCGGUGGUCUCUGAGGUGCUGUACAUCCUCCUGCUGGUGGUGGGCUUCAGCCUCAUGUGUCUUGAGCUCUUCCACUCCAGCAAUGUCAUCGACGGGCUUAAGCUCAACGCCUUCGCGGCCGUGUUCACGGUUCUCUCAGGCCUCCUGGGCAUGGUGGCCCACAUGAUGUACACGCAGGUGUUCCAGGUCACCGUCAGCCUCGGGCCCGAGGACUGGAGACCCCACUCCUGGGACUACGGGUGGUCCUUCUGCCUGGCGUGGGGCUCCUUUACCUGCUGCAUGGCGGCCUCGGUCACCACGCUCAACUCCUACACCAAGACGGUCAUCGAGUUCCGGCACAAGCGCAAGGUCUACGAGCAGGGCUACCGGGAGGAGCCGACCUUCAGGGACCCCGAGGCCAUCAAGUACUUCCGGGAGAGGAUCGAGAAGGGGGAUGGGGACGAGGAGGAGGACCUUCGCCUGGACUGUCGCCCGGAGAGAUACCCCACCCGGCACCAGCCACACCUGGGCGACUCGUGGCCCCGGAGCUCCGUGCACCAGCCACACCUGGGCGACUCUUGGCCCCGGAGCUCAGCUCAGGAGGUGCCGGAGCUGAACCGCCAGUGCUGGGUCCUGGGCCACUGGGUGUGAGCGAGCCCGGCCCGGCCCCCUGACCUCAGGCACCCCAGGACCUGGCUUGUGCGCUGGGAACUUAGCCAGCCUGCGUGGGGGUCCCCAGGCCUGCCUGUUCCCUGCUGCCUGGACCCCAGACCCUGGAGAUGGGACCAGCGUGCACAGACCUUCCCGGCUGGCCUCGGGACAGUGCCUGACCAUCUUGCCUCUGGGGUGCCCCGAGGGGCAGGACCACGGCCACGGAGAGUCUGGAUGCCCCCAUGCCAGCAGGGAGGCCCAGGAGGUGCCAGGGCGCAGAGCCCCGGGGUGGGGCGGGGGUUGGGGCCCCCGGAGGGGGCAAUGGCACAGGCAACACCGGUGGGUGGACCCUGAGGCACACAGCAGGGGCUCAAUAAAUGCUUGUUAAACCUG